UUUCUUAAUUUUCAACAGCAGAAUGAGAAGGAAGCUUCAUUUUUCAAAUUAAGACGGUGGUGGAAGGGUGUGAAUAUAUUUGAGAAAGCGUAUAUAUUUCUUCCCAUACAUGAAAGUCAUCACUGGAGCUUGGUAAUAAUUUGCAUACCAGAUAAAGAAGACCAAUUGGGGCCAAUCAUUCUUCACUUGGAUUCAUUGAGGCUCCACAGCAGCAGCUCUCUUUUUGGUACUAUGAAAAAAUUUUUGAUAGAAGAAUGGAAAUUCUUGAGACAAGGAGUAGUGGCAGAUUAUCCUUUUGCAGACAAAAUAUGGGAAAAUCUUCCACAAAGAAUAGAUGAUAACAUUAUUCCGGUCCCACAACAAGGAAAUGAUUAUGACUGUGGACUCUUUGUGCUAUUCUUUAUGGAACGAUUCAUCGCUGAAGUUCAUGAAAGACUUAAAAAGAAGGAUCUGACAAUGUUUGGAAGAAAGUGGUUUAAACCUGAAGAAGCAUCUCGUAUGAGGCGGAUAAUUCGUGACAUACUUGAGGAAAAAUUCAAGAAUCCAAGUGACAAAUAGUGUUUCUUGGUCACCUUUUUUUACAACAUACUCAGAUAAUCCCAAAGUGUUUCUUGGUCACCUACCAUCCGUAAAUAACUGCUGCUGCUGCUGUUGACAAGCAAUUCUUUAUCAAUGGAGCAACUGCUUAUUAGCAACAUUCCUGAUGUUGGGCUCAAUAGUAGAUAUUGUAGUUACUCAUAUACCCUAGAAAUUUACAUGAGAUUCUAGAAUCUCUCUAUAUACUCUGCCUAGGAAGGUUUCUCCCAAAAUGUAGGAAGAUUGGCAGAUAACAUCACGGAGAGCUUCGUUUGGUUGGAUAAGUUCAUAUCGACCAUUUUCUUUCAAAAGCAGAAGCUGGACCAAGUACAUUUGGCAUGGUAAUAGGACUUAGGUGGUCUCUGCAGAUCAACAUCUUUUGGUCUUUCCCUUCCAUUAGUA